GUAUUGCCUAGCAUGGAACAACUGCCCUUUCUCCUCCUCUUUGGCCACCGAGGGGUUAAACCUGUGAGCAAACAGUUGAAGAAAGAGCUACACAGACACGAGGCUGUGUGAGACCAUCAACCUACAGCCCGGCCCGGGAACUAGAAGCCCUGAGCUACACGUACCGUUUCACAGGAAUUAGCUUAAAGCGGUGACAGACCGGCUCGUCCAUUCGAUGUAAGUGGCUUCUUCUCGCUGUCAGCUUCAGCCGGCUCUGUACACAAUGACGGAGAGGACGGAGGUCAAAGAGAUAGGACUUCGAGAGGAGACGAGUCAUUGUGUGUCCCGGACUAGUGCACGUUUCCCGGAGAUGUUCCCGGUGAAAUAACCACAUAAGCUCUGCAGGUGGCCGAGGCCCAAGAGCAGCUCUGUCUCAUGUCUUCAGUGUCCACCAGGGAAAGAGGGCAAGAUGAGAAAAGCCAAAAUCAGUCGCAUGGUUCUGGCCAUGUGUUUGGGUUCCUUCGUCAUGGGCAUAUUCUAUUUCCAAAGUAAUUUGAAAUCAGCAUCUCCUCAGGGCAGUGGGCAGGCUAGAGGUUCCAGGAAGUCUGUCAGGAGCCCACUCCAAACCCUCUACGCUGCUGACUCUAUGGACCCAUCUCCCCUGCACCUUAUGCACAAGGCCAGGCGCGAGCUCUUGCAUGACGCCUGCCGCUCACACACGCGCAAGCGUCGCGUGCUGAUGCGGGACGACCUCAAGCACGUUAUCGUGGACGACCACCAUGGUCUCCUCUACUGCUACGUGCCCAAAGUAGCGUGCACCAAUUGGAAGCGCGUGCUGCUGGUUCUCACGGGCGAGUCGGGGGGCCUGAACGAGCCUCUACAAAUCCCGGCCAACGAGGCGCACGCGCCUGGCCGCCUGCGUGCGCUCUCGGAGUACUCUGCGCCGGAGAUCAACCGGCGCCUGCGCGCCUACCUCAAGUUCCUGUUCGUGCGCGAGCCCUUCGAGCGGUUGGUGUCGGCCUAUCGCAACAAGUUCACGCGCACAUACAACACGGCCUUCCACCGGCGCUACGGCACGCGCAUCAUCCGGAAGCACCGGCCCGAGCCGCGGCCCGAAGCGCUCGAGCGCGGCGAUGACGUGUCCUUUGCCGAGUUCGUGAGAUACCUCGUGGACCCAAGCACGCGGCGCGAGGAGCCCUUCAACGAACACUGGGAGCGCGCGCACGCACUCUGUCACCCGUGCCUCCUCGGCUACGACGUGGUGGGCAAGUACGAGACGCUGCACGAGGACGCCGCCUAUGUGCUGCGGCUGGCGGGCGUUGACGAUCACGUGACGUUCCCUAGCACGGCCGGGAACGCGCGCACCACGGGGGACAUGGCCUCAGACUUCUUCAAGAGCAUCAGUCCGGAGUUCCAGAAGAAGCUGUACGAGCUGUACAGUAUGGACUUCCUGCUGUUCAACUACUCCACCCCUGCGUACCUGCAGCUCACCUGAGGCCUGGCGCCUUUUUCUGACCCACUUCCCAAGACAGGAAAACCUAGUUUAGACUUUAAUGGUUUGAUGGCACAAGCUCAGGAGAAACUGUCUCUCUCACUGGGUUUUAAGUUAUUAGGUGGGCUGUUGUGUACUGUUUAAAAGUGUUGUUGAAACCAUUUUGGUGGAUAAAUUUUUCUCUUUCUAUAAAACAUUUGCUUUUCAGGAAUGCAUGAUUUCAGUCAUGUGAACAGGAUCAGUCAGAGAGGUCUGAUGUGCAGUUUAGAAAAACUUAGACUCAAAUUACUUACAGUGGUGGUGAUGAGAACCAGGGCUCACAAUGUCUCCAACGCUACUAUAGCCUUUUUAUUUACUAUUCAAACAAUGUCUUCUAAGCUUUUAUGUGUGAUUGUGACAAACCGAUGCCCUUUUUCUGUGAAGUGACCGCACACACCCCACUUGUCUCACUUCAGACAUCUGGUUCCUGUUGUCACCACUGUGAACAAUUGUGACUCGGUAAGUUUAUUUAGAACGGCACAUUUCACAUUAAACCACUCUGAUUACCUCGUAACGAUGUCGUUAUGCAGAAAUUCUGAAACAAUUGUUAGAAUUCCCCCAUAUGAGAAAUAAGAACUGAGAACAUGAUUUCCACUCUCUAGCAUAGUCCACACUGAGUUGAGUAUCAUUUGGCACAGGCCAGUAUUGAUCUGCAAAUUAUCAACUGUAAUCGCACUGCUAGGGAACAGUACCAUUCAACAAAAACUGUCAAUGGCAUAAUGGGGAAAAAAGCAGCAGAAACAUCUUAAGUUUUACAUUGUUAGUUUUUUGUCUGUUUUUGAGAGCCUGAAAAACUGAAUUAGCUUCAGUAAAAUCCCUUUUCUGUUCUCUGUUGGAUUUUAAGUUAUAAAGGAUUGUUUUCUAACAAACUGUUGAAAGCCUUUAUGAUGAUGUUGCGUAAUGCAAAUGCCAACAAUGUGAUUUCAGUAGUGGUUUGUGCUGGAGAUUGAUCCUCAUGCUCUCUGGAUUUUUAUUUAUCUAUGACCACCAUGCACACUUGUGAUGGAAAACUGCUUUAUCAGUAAACACUCCCAAGAGACCAGAGGUACCUUUGCUUCAGAAAGACUUAGGAGUAGGAUAUGUUUGUUGUUUAUCAAGUUUAUCUUUACUUGGUCUCAGUUGACAGAACACAAAUUAUGUUGUACUUGGACC